AGAACUCACCUUCAAAACCGAACACAGCCCAGCUUUGGACCCAAAUAUCACAAUAACUGCCGGUAACGGAAGCAUCACUCGCUAACACCUCGCUUUAACUCAGUCGAAACAAACCCGACUCACUGAGUCGUCUCUCUCUCUGAUGAAGCCGAGGCUUCUUGAUAUACGAUUUCUCUGAAUAAAACCGAUCGAAGCAAACCAUGCCUUCCUCUCCCAAGUAUCUCAACUCGCGCCAAUCACUAUCUCUUGCUCGCAGAUCAACGGCCCUGAUUAUCUCCUGCCUCAUCAUAGGAAUCGCCGGAUUCGUUUUUGGCACAUCGGCGAUACUCGCCGCUUCCCGCGGUGGUUACAGUUGCAAAAACAGCGAGCCGAGAUCGGUGCGCGUGGUAUGGGAGAGGGAUCGUGGCUUUAAGAGCGGAAGUGACGGAGUCGUUUUGAGCGAGAAAAGGCACAAAGUUAUGGGCUUUGUGGGUAUUCAAACCGGGUUUGGCUCAGUUGGUCGCAGAAGGUCGUUAAGAAAGACGUGGAUGCCCUCGGAUCCACAAGGGCUUCAACGUUUGGAAGAAUCCACUGGUUUGGCAUUCAGGUUUGUUAUUGGUAGAACCAAUGAUAAAGCAAAGAUGGCAGAGCUACAAAACGAGAUUGCGGAAUAUGAUGAUUUCUUGCUAUUAGAUAUUGAAGAGCAGUACAGUAAGCUCCCAUAUAAAACGUUGGCUUUCUUUAAAGCUGCUUAUGCACUUUUUGAUUCUGAGUUUUAUGUCAAAGCUGAUGAUGACAUUUACUUAAGACCAGAUCGUUUGUCCCUACUCUUGGCAAAAGAGCGUUCUCACUCUCAGACCUAUCUUGGAUGCAUGAAAAAGGGUCCAGUUUUUACUGAUCCAAAGCUCAAGUGGUACGAACCGUUGUCAUACAUGCUUGGAAAUGAGUAUUUCCUUCAUGCUUAUGGUCCAAUAUAUGCUCUAUCCGCUGAUGUUGUUGCAAGUCUGGUUGCUCUCAGAAACAACAGUUUUCGGAUGUUCAGUAAUGAGGACGUUACAAUUGGUGCGUGGAUGCUUGCAAUGAAUGUCAAACAUGAGGACAAUCGAGCCCUUUGUGAACCAGAGUGUACUCCAUCAUCCAUCGCUGUCUGGGAUAUUCCAAAAUGUUCAGGGCUUUGUAAUCCAGAAAAGAAGUUAUUAGAACAUCAUCAAAAGGAGAGCUGCUCAAAAAGCCCAACUUUGGCUUCUGAUGAUUAGCAACUUUUCCGUGAUUUGCACAAAUUUUGUCAUACUGAGUAGGUACUUUAACAAACCCUCGUCUCCUAGAUGUCGGUUGUGAUGCUAAUCAACAUUCUUCGUAUUCUUUUACUGUAUCAGCUAAACCUUCUUCCCCAUGGCUAAAUCCUGAGAAUUAUCACAAGUUUGUUCGAGUUUAGACUUUAGGAAACUGAUAGUUAUACACACUACAUUAUGUUGAAAUACUCUUCUUUUAAGAAUGCUGAAGGAUGUUCACUUUGUUCUCUGCUCA